UCUGUCUGGUCGUUGCUCCGAGAUCGCAACCGGGACCCUUGAUCCUGCGCUAUCGUGGUCGUCACACCGGUCCAGUCGAAAACAAGCUUCAUCCAGGUUUAUUCCCGUCCGUGUCCUGUCAUUCUACAUUCUGCAUUCUGCAUUUUGCUUGUAGUGCUCGCCGAGCAGUUAAUUGACUAGGUAACCGGCUCAUUGGAGGGCACGCAUUCGUUCUUGACGUGAUCAUAUACAUAUUGCAACAUCUUCAAUAUUUCCAAUUUUCCCAUUUUUCCCCCUUCCGCUUUCCUCUUUGCCCUACCCGCCAGCCAUACUCUCAGAUUCCAAAACAUGUUGCGACCACUUCUCCCGCGAUGCGCGAGGGCCCUGAGGGCGUCUACCGCUGCUGCGACUCCUUUUACACGCUCACCCUAUGCUCUGUCCACAUCGUCCUCCGUCUCGCGAUGGUAUAGCAUACAGCCCGCCGCCGCUUCGACAGCCAAGCAACUCGACGUCGACCCUUCCAAGCUCACUAUUCAGAAGACGACGGAUCCUAAAACUUUGGUAGACCCGAGCACGCUGGUCUUUGGCCGACACUUCACAGAUCACAUGUUGACAAUAGAAUGGACGCAAACCGAAGGCUGGCGCGCGCCCGCCAUUCAGCCUUACCAGAACCUCGCUCUUGACCCGGCCUCGUGUGUCUUCCACUAUGGCUUCGAGUGCUUCGAGGGCAUGAAGGCCUACAAGGACAAGGCUGGAAAGGUGCGGCUCUUUAGGCCCGACAAGAACAUGGAGCGUUUCAACAAGUCGGCCGCGCGCAUCGCCCUCCCCACCUUCUCGUCACCAGCCCUCAUUGACCUCCUCUCCCGCUUUGUGAACCUUGAGGAGCGCUUCAUUCCCGACAAGCGCGGGUACUCGCUCUACCUGCGUCCCACCAUGAUCGGCACCCAGAAGACCCUCGGCGUGAGCCCGCCCGGAUCGGCCCUGCUCUUCGUUAUCGCGUCCCCUGUGGGCCCCUACUUCCCUCUCGGCUUCAAGGCCGUAUCCCUCGAGGCCACAGACUACGCCGUGCGCGCCUGGCCAGGUGGUGUAGGCGACAAGAAGCUCGGCGCCAACUACGCGCCAUGCGUCGUGCCACAGCUCGAGGCCGCGAGUCGCGGCUUCCAGCAGAACCUCUGGCUGUUCGGACCCGAGCAGUACAUCACCGAGGUUGGCACGAUGAACCUGUUCGUCGCCAUCCGCAACAAGGAGACGGGGCAGAAGGAGCUCAUCACGGCGCCUCUCGACGGUACCAUCCUCGAGGGAGUCACGCGUGAUUCGAUCCUCUCGCUCGCCCGCGAGAAGCUCGCGCCCGAGGGCUGGCUCAUAUCAGAGCGCAAACUCACCAUGGCGCAGCUCGCCGAAGCCUCCGAGGAAGGCCGUCUGAUGGAGGUCUUUGGCGCCGGCACCGCUGCUAUCGUCAGCCCCGUGCGCACCAUCAGCUGGAGGGGCAAGCCUGUCGACUGCGGCCUCCACGAGCACGAGGAGUCGGGCGAGAUUGCGCUGCGCAUGAAGGGAUGGAUUGAGGGGAGACAGUACGGUGACGAGGAGCACGAGUGGAGCUACAUCUGCUGAUAGAGAUGCUGAUGAUAAC